AUGGGGGAGAGGUCACGAAACCCCGGAGAAGAUCCACGCCUCAGUACGGAAUUCGCACGUUACUUCAUUCGCGGAUUGCAGGGUGACGAAUCUGCAAAUGGAUUCCUCAAGACUUCCGCGUGCUGCAAACAUUUCGCCGCACACUCGCUGGAGAACGAUAGAUUCACCUUUGACGCUGUUGUCAACGAGCAGGACAUGGCGGACACGUACCUCCCCGUGUUCAGGAGUUGUGUACAAGAGUCGGACGUGAGCUGUAUCAUGUGUGCUUACUCGGCCAUUAACGGAAUCCCCGCCUGCGCAGAUAAAGGCCUACUGACCGACAAGAUCCGAGGGGAGUGGGGUUUCGAGGGCUAUAUCGUGUCCGACUGCGGGGCGGUCGACUUUGUCCAAAGGACCCACAACUACACCCAGUUCCCCAACGAGACCUGCCACGCCGUUCUAGACGCCGGGGUCGACAUCGAGUGCUACGCCUACAACGGUCCCUUCUUCACCCGCUACUUGGGAGACGCCGUGGCGGAAGGGGCAGUCACCCCGGCCAUGCUGGAUACCGCGCUCGCCAACGGGUUCAGGGUCCUCAUGCGGCUCGGAUACUUUGAAAAGAAUGCGACCCGUCCCUUCACCGACCUUCUGCCACCCAUCGUGGACAGCCAACCUCAUCGAGACGCCGCCUUGGCCGCGGCCCGACAAAGUAUCGUCCUCCUUAAGAACUCCCCCGCCUUGGGGAAGGCAGGCAAGGCCCCACUACCCGUUACUUUGGGGGCACAAAAACAAGGCACGAUGGCCUUGAUCGGACCACACCUGAACGCCUCGAGAGCCUUCUUGGCCAACUACCAUGGAAUUCCUUCCUCCAUCUCGACCCCAUUGAGUGCCAUCCGAGCCUCCUUUCCCAACGCCCAGUACGAAUUCGGCUGCGACUUGAUAUCCACAACGAACCCGCAUUUGGAUGAGGCCGCCGCCCUGGCCGCGAUCUCCUCCCCCAUCGUUCUCUUUGUGGGGAUCAACGCUGCGCAGUUUGAGGAGGAGGGGGUCGAGUAUGAAGAGCAUGACAGGUUAAACUUGACCCUGACAGGGUUGCAGCCUGAACUCAUCCGAACUGUCCUAGCCGCCGCGAGGGAGCCCGUGAUCCUCUUCGUGGUCUCGGGUGGCGUGGUGGACCUGUCCGAGUGGAAGGAUGAUCCCCGAGUGGGAGCCAUCAUCUGGGCGGGAUAUCUGGGGCAGGCGGGCGGAGAGGCGAUAGCAGACGUCCUUUUCGGCCGGUACAAUCCGUCGGGACGCCUGGCACAAACGUUCUACUCGAACGAAGUGAUCACCCAGUUUGAGAAGUAUGAUAUGAACAUGCGCCCCACGGAGGGAACGUCGACGGGGAGGACGUAUCGUUUUUACGAGGGGACGCCCGUCUAUCCAUUCGGGUUCGGAUUGUCCUACACAACCUUCGGGUAUAGCAUUCUUAACUUGCCCCCUAUCCUUGAAAUACCGACGAUCGGAGGAGUGGAUCAAGACUGCGCAGUGAUGGUCACUCUGGCCGUGAGGAACGUGGGGGUGACUGCGGGGGAUCACUCGGUCCUCUGGUUUCUCGCCCCACCCAACGCAGGACAGGGAGGAAGACCAAUUAGGGAUUUGCUCGAUUUUGAAAAACUGGAGAAUAUUUCAGCGAAUGAGGUGAGGGAGGCAAACCUUUGUCUGAAUCGGGACCACUUCGUCCUGGCGAAUGAGGCAGGGGAGUGGGAAGUUGUUCCAGGGGACUGGACCCUGCAGGUGGGACAAUUGGAGAGAGUUAUUCGUGUUGCCGUUUAA